UGCUUCUAUGAAGCACCAUAACACUCCAACCCCAAUUAACCUCACGGCGGCGCUUGGCGGCCGGCGACAAGCGGAUUGACCAUCCCCCUCCAAAUGGCUAUUUUGCAACUGUACAUUUAAAAUAUUCAUUGAAGUCCGUAGUUCAUGGACUACUCUAAACUCCCUGUUUUAUAGGUCCCUCUCUCCUUUACUCUUUAUAAAGUCCAAACCUACGGCGCAUAAAUUUCCAAAUUUCAAUCUCUUUCUCUCUCUUUCUUUCUGUUGUUUUUUUUCUCUCUCUCUCUCUCUCUCACUCUGUGUCAGCACCAAGGUGCGGCCAUGGCGGCAGACCAAGAAGGCAGAGAGUUGAAGUUUAACUCUAAGUUUCAGAUUGAGCAUGGGAUAUGCAGCAGAACCCCUUUGAAGGAGAUAGUUGGCCAAGCUAUUUUGGACGGUCUGAUUCAUUUCUCAGCUUUAAUUCACCAGUUGAAUCUGAGAUUGGUUCCUAUGAAAUCGAAAGUGAUAGAGAUGACGGAGAGAACGAUGGCGACGAUUACACGGCGGAGUUGAGUCGACGGAUGGCUCAGUACAUGCUUCAAGAUGAUGAUAACUCAUCCACUACAAGUUUUCAAUCUGAGAUUCAGAACAAGUCAUGGGGUUUGUCUGGUUCGCCAAUUUCAACGCUGUGGUCACCUUUAGGCUCUAGCACUGGGAGUAGCCACGGAAGUCCAGAAGGGCCGUCGAAGGAGCCAUCGCCUCCAUCAACGCCGGUAGUUGAAGAGUGUGGAGAGCUAGACAUUUCACACAACGUUUUUAGCAAAUUGGAGAAGAUGAAGAAAGUGAGCAUAAACGGUAAAUCAAUCCAAACAAGCACCCAAAUAGGAGAAACAGGAUCUUCCUCUUCCAAGGACCAAUCAAGAACUCCCAAAAAUCAGAAACGAAGGCAGAACCAACAGCAGCAGCAGUUCAUGAAGCAAAAAGGCUCAGGCACCACACAAGUCAAGCAAGCUCAAGGAAGCUCGUUACAAGCAAAUUCAGGGGCAAAAUCAGUAGGGCCAUCAGGGACUGGCGUUUUCUUACCUCGCCAUGUGAACUACAACCGUCCAGCUCCAUGUCCACAGCCACCACAGCCGCCGAAGAAAAAGGGCUGCUCCACUGUACUAAUACCCGUGAGAGUCCUACAAGCCUUACAGCAUCACUACGACAGAAUGGACGACGAGACGAGACAAAAAAUCACUGGCUUCACAGCUCUGAGAGAAGCUGCAGCUAAUGCAAGAACAACAACAAAUACCAUUAAGAAAAGUCAUACAGGAACUGCAACGGCAACGGUGACGACGGCGACAAGCCAAAUCGACGUGGGCCUUCCUCAAGAAUGGACAUAUUAAUGACUUCAACAACUGGCGAGGGGCCAUUUGUUCUCUGGAUCACAAAUCUGAAAGCUUUUUGGCGGUUUUCGUAAGUGAAAGAUGGGAGAUGACGUUAAUGUAAAUUGGAAUAAAAGCCCCAACAAGUAGACGGAGAAGAAGACGAAAUGAACAAAAGAAUUAGGGGUUAGGGGAACCGAUGUCGUUUUCUUUGACUGUCGAUUAGGGGGCAAAAUCGUAAAUAAUGUUUGGGAAAUUAAUAUUUGUUAUGAAAAAAAAAAAGGAAAUGAAAAUUCCUUUUAGUAAUAAUUUGUCAAACAAAGGUUGUAUUUUAUACCCUACAAUAAUUGUUUAAAUAAUUUAAUUAUUCUUGUUCA